AAUUUCAUAACCUUAUUUAAUAAAUUACUAGAUAACUGACAUUUAAUAUUUACAUAGUUAUUUCUUCUAUCGUAGGAAUGCCCACAAAAACUUGACAGAAAAUGAUGAGAUGGAAAAUAUUGUGGUUAAUAACUGCUCUGAUUGCGUCAGAAUAUACCAAAGGAGUAAAAGUAAAGGUAGCAAGGGUAUCUGAACUUAACAACAAAAAUGUUCUCAAUAUAUUGAGACGGGAUACCAUUCAGCAUAUUAAGGCAGAAACAGACACAGAUAAUGAAAUACAAAGCAACAACAAUAAAAAAGAAACUGUGAAUAAUAAUCCCAACUAUUUUGUAUCAAAUAAAACAUACACGAAAGAUGACGCGGGCCCCGACCACGCUAAUCUUACUAAAAGUAAUAAUGUAUCUUCUGUUAUUGAAACGAUUCAUUCUGCUGGUGCAAAAUUAGAAAGUAAUACUAGAAAGAAAGCAGGAAAUGAAAUGCUACGAUUAGAAAUGGAAGACAUGGAGCAUAAAUUAGCCAAUGGGCAAAGCCGUCAAGCAAAGGCAACAGAACUAAUUGUAGAAACGGAUAUUGGUAAAGUAAAAGGACAUGUCUGGCAAAAUUCAGAUGAAAUUAUUUCUUAUUUGGAUAUUCCAUAUGGAAGAUUCACUUUAUUCGAGGCCCCCGUAAAAGCAAAUAAAUUGGAAGAAGUUCAUUCUGCAACAGAACAUACAAAGCUAUGCCCACAAAUUGAAGAUAAUGCAUUCAUUGGAAAUACCGAAUGUUUGACUCUGAGUAUUUUUGCAUUGAAAACGGCUAUAAAUGCGAGUGUAUUAUUUUAUAUUCACGAUCAUAAUUCAAAUACAGGCAGUGGGAAUCCUUCUAAAUACGGUCCAGAAUUUCUUGUAAAAAAAGGUAUAAUUUUAGUUUUACCAAAUUAUCGGCUAGGAGCAUUAGGGUUUUUGUGUUUGCAAAAUGAUAUAGCUCCAGGAAAUGCAGCAUUGAAAGAUUUGGGUCUCGCAUUAGAAUGGACCAAGAACAACAUAAAAAAAUUUGGUGGAAAUCCGUCAAACAUAGUCAUUAGCGGUGACGGGCAAUCUAGCGCCUUAGCAGGCUUGUUAGCAUUGUCUUCAGAUUAUAAACAGCAUAUUAAUAAAGUAAUAUCAGAGAGCGGCGCAGUGCUUUCCCAUUGGGCCAUAGAUAGGAACCCAAUUAGAACUGCCAAUCAAUUAGCAGAACAAAUACAGAGUACAACAAAAAAUACCGCCGAUAAUGUAUUUGAUGACAUUGAAAUAGAACAUUUGAUAAGAUCUACAAAUAAUUUUAUUCUGAGGCCUUGCAUUGAAAAAAAUAGCAAUGGGAUAUUAAAACGAAGUCCUUGGGCCAUAUUAAACAGCGAAGCAUUUAACAUGUUUUUUAUGAUAGGGUCUGCCAACCACGCUGGACUACCAGAGGCUUUACAAUAUGACAAAGAUACGCUUUCACAAUUAAAUGAAGUCUUCGAUAGCGCGUUACCAAAUGAUUUAGUUUUUCCCAACGAUGAUACAAGAAGACGCAUGGGUGAAAGAAUCAGGAGUCAAUAUUUUGGAACUGAUGACAUCGUACCAAAUGUAAUAGCAAAUUUGUCCUUAUACCACACUGAUGUUUCUUUUCUUAGUGCAGAUUUAAGAUUAGCUAGAGCGCUGGUAGCAGCAGGAGCCACAGUUUACCUCUAUGAAUUUUCUUUUAUGGGUGAAUUCAAUAAUGCAUUGCAAUCUAUAGUCACGGAGUCGCGCCAGGGUGCGAUAGGAGGAGAUGUCACAGGCUACUUAUUUUCAAAAAAAGGGCGCAUGCCUACUACGGAUUCGAAAGAGGAAAAAGUUGUAGAGAAGAUGACAGACCUAUGGGUUAAUUUUAUUAACAAAGGGUCAGUAAUCAGUGUCUAUUUAUUAAAAUUUCAGCCAGUUUUAAAGCCUUCAAUAAAUGAUACUCAAAAUUCAUUCCUUCUAAAUAAAAAGUUUUUAUAUAAUAACAAAAGCACGAACUGAACGGGUAUUUCGAAUUAUCGGAUAUUAAUUGGUUAAUUACACAGUACAUGCAUGGUGUUCACGAGAAAAUUGGUCUUAUUUUUCAGCGACCCUAGUGUCGAAGGUAUCUCUUGGGAUAAGUUCAACAUCGCGGAAGAUACGCAAGAGCCAUGGUUGUCGAUUACAGAAGACGCCUCUCCAGAGACCGGAUUCCACUACGAUCGUUUAAGGAUUUGGACUGAUCUGUAUCGGAACUACUUCAUCGACCACAGCGCUUGCACAAACAUACAGCCCUACAGUUACAUUUACUAUGUAACGAUGUUGUGGUUUUUAUUUUUUUCGGAAUAUACAUUUUAAUAGGGUUCCAUCCUUUCUGUUUUUUAUAAGAUUUCUUUUGAUAUACCUAAGUUAUUUUGGAUUAUAUAAUUCCAAGGAACUUUGAUAAUGUACAACUAUUAUUGAAUGGAAAGUCAUGUAUUUAGCCUAAUUAUUAUUGAGCACUUUAUUGUACUGCGUAAAUAUAUGUUGUGUUAGAAGUGUCGUGACUCAUAUUUUGAUACCACAAAUCCACCAAGUUUACAAUAGGAUACUGUUGUUUAAUAAUAAAGCUUUAACUAUAUCAUAACAGAGUUAGGUGUUCUCGUGAGGAUGUAUUCAUAGUGUCUUACUAAUAUAAAGAUAAAUCAAAUAAUAUUACAAGAAAAAUAAACAAGAGCUUUCUUUCAAUCGCCAUCGGUUUCAUGAUACCUUUUUAUA